UCCAGGUCAGCUCAAACAUGGAGAGAGGAGCAGAGAGACAAAGAGGAGGUGAUAGGGAGGUGGCAGAGGAAAAAGGCUCGGUGGAGAGGCAGUGGGGGGAGGCAGAGGUGCUGGCUCUCAUGUCAGCGUGGGACGAGGUGGGAGCUCAGCACGUAGCUGAGAGCAGAAGCACAUUUGAGUUGAUCUCAGAGCGUCUGAGGAGGCUCAGUGUUGUGCGCAGCUGGUGGGAGUGUCAGGCCAAGUGCAGGAGCCUGGGACUCCAGAGCAGGAAGCCAGACACAGCAGCAGUAGCAGCAGCAGCAGCAGGCACUUCUGCAAACUACAGCCCAGCAGUGGAUGGAAGGCCAGGGGAGAGCUGGGAGGACGAGGUGGAGGAUGUUGGCAAAAGAGGAAGCUACCCUUCCUCAGACACUAUCCCAAAGCAGGAAGGCAUCAAGGGUCUAAUCCAUCGGGCUCUUCCUUACACGGUGAGUGUGGCUGAGGAGGGGGGCCGCCACUGGACUGACGACGAGGUGAGAGCCCUGUUGUGCGUCUGGGCUGACCGGCGCGUUCGAGAGCGCUUGAAGUGCACACUGCGCAACAAAUCCAUCUUCCAAGAGAUGGCCCGUCAGAUGCAAAGAAACUUUGGGGUGAUACGCAACUGGAAACAAUGUCGAACUAAAUACAAGAACUUGAAAUACGACUACAAGACUGCGAAAAGCGCUCACGCCGUCGGAGGCAGCGGCGCAGGAGGCCCGGGAAAGUACAUGAAGUUCUUCGACGAGGUGGAAGCCAUUCUGCUGGACCGCGGACUGGACAACGGGACCGUGGAGAUGCAGAAGAGGCUGUAUGAUGAAGAAAUGGGGGCAGGGAGGCUACAGACACCAGCCUCAGAAAGUGAGGUUGUCAUUGAAAUUGAUGAUGAUGAUAACAGCGAUGAUUGCGAUAUGGACGGAGACAUGGAAGCAAAAUGGAGAGGAGCAGAUUCCCAUUUAACACUCACGGAUCCAUCCAGCUCCGACCAGUUCCACGUGGUCAUGGUGUCGGACACAGGCCGAAACUGGAGCGACCAGGAGGUGCGAGCGCUGAUUCGAGUCUGGUCCGAUGAGCGCGUGUGCAGGCAGUUGGAGAGCUCGACUAGAAAGAGAGACAUCUUCGUCCAGAUCUCCAACAGGUUAAUGCAGCAAGGCAUCGAACGGGACUGGAAGCAGUGCCACACCAAGUACAAAAACCUCAAGUACCUGUACCGUUCGCUUCAAAGAGGAAAGAGCGAUGAAGCCGACCCGAGGCGCCUUAUGAGGUUCUAUGAUGAGGUGGAUGCCAUUAUGAAUCGCACGACGAACGGCUCGCCACAUGACGCGGGAGCUGCAGACCACCAAACAGAUUCAGGCAGACUUAACAUGUUGGAGGGCUGCGAGGAGAACGAUCACGUCCAUGUCUAUUUGACAAAGAUGAACACAGCGGCCGCAGUGGCGGGAGCAAUUGAGGACCGAAAUUGUAGUUUGGAUUCUGUCUCGUCUAUUUGCCUCGAUGUUGCACCAAAAAACGAAGAUCCGAGGCUGCAUGCAGUCCAGGAGCUUCGCAUGGAUCAACAGCACAGAUUAAUGAGCUCCUCUGAAACACCGGUAAAGAGAGAGGAUAUGUAUUCAGCAAGCAGAAGAAUGAAGAGGAAAGCUGUGGAUCCAGACCCUACACUCCAGACGCCCGUAAAAAAACUGGACACCGGCUCUGAUAACGUGGAGGUCCAGUGUAAAGAAGAGCAGAAUAACAUCCCAAUAAUGAAGAUCAAUUCAGUCUGUUCAAUAGCCUUAUCCAAUCCAUCCCCAGAGAAAGAGGACUGUCGGUCGGUAAAGAACGCCACCAUGGCCUCCACACCAGAGUUGAAGCUCGGCCAGAAGCUAAAUGAGGGGAAGACAAAGCAGAUUUUUGAGCUCGUGGACGAGCCCGGUCUGGUUCUGGUCCAGUCCAAAGACCAGAUCACGGCUGGGAAUGCCGUGAGGAAAGACCAGAUGGAGGGCAAGGCUGCCAUCGCCAACAAAACGACAAGCUGCGUGUUCAAACUGCUCCAGGAAUCUGGCAUUAAGACGGCCUAUGUGAAGCAGUACUCUGACACCGCGUUCAUCGCAGCCCACUGUGAGAUGAUUCCCAUCGAGUGGGUAUGUCGCCGAGUGGCGACCGGAUCGUUCCUCAAGAGGAAUCCAGGAGUCAAGGAAGGCUUCCGCUUCUCCCCCCUGAAGAUGGAGAUGUUCUUUAAAGACGAUGCCAACAACGACCCCCAGUGGUCAGAGGAGCAGCUGCUGGAGGCCAAAUUCUCUCUGGCUGGGCUCACUAUCGGUCAGUGCGAGGUGGACAUCAUGAAUCGCAGCACCGUGGCCAUCUUUGAGAUUCUGGAGAAGUCCUGGGCCACUCAGAACUGCACGCUGGUGGAUAUGAAGAUUGAGUUUGGCGUGAAUGUGGAGACUCAAGAGAUUGUCCUCGCUGACGUGAUUGACAACGAUUCAUGGAGGCUGUGGCCAGCGGGAGAUCGCAGCCAGCAGAAGGACAAACAGGUGUACCGAGACCUUAAAGAAGUUACCCCUGAGGCAAUGCAGAUGGUGAAGAGAAACUUUGAGUGGGUCUCUGAAAGGGUCAAGCUGCUGCUGGAGCACCAGGCCAGCGGCAGGGUGGUGGUUUUGAUGGGUUCCGUCUCGGACAUGGCUCACUGUGAAAAAAUCCGGAAGGCCUGCACCUCCUACGGGAUUCCCUGCAUCCUGAGAGUCACCUCGGCACACAAGGGUCCGGAUGAGACGCUCCGCAUCAAAGCGGAAUAUGAAGGUGAUGGCGUACCCACUGUGUUUGUGGCUGUAGCCGGCAGAAGUAACGGCCUCGGUCCGGUGAUGUCUGGGAACACGGCGUAUCCUGUCAUCAACUGCCCCCCUCUCACUCCAGACUGGGGGGCACAAGACGUCUGGUCAUCCCUGCGUAUGCCAAGCGGUCUCGGCUGCUCUACAAUCCUCUCCCCCGAGGCUGCUGCUCAGUUUGCCGCGCAGAUCUUCGGGUUGACCGAUCACCUGGUGUGGUGCAAACUGAGAGCCUCCAUGCUCAACACCUGGGUGUCUCUCAAGCUGGCUGACAAGAAGUUACAGGCCUGCAGCCUCUGAAGUGGUUCAGGGCACCUUUCCAGAGCCUUUUGGGCUCUUUUAGGGCUCCACAGUCUGUCAAUGUCAUGUCUUUUGUUUACCAUGAAAACCCACUAACGGUAGAUGGAAUCUACAUUUACUUUCUCACACACAUGAAUCAUUCCCUUUUUAAAAAGAGAGAAAAUAAUAAAGCUUCUUAAUUAAA